AUAGAGGUUGAAUUAUUGUAACCUACCAACCGUAACAAUGAAGUUAGUGUCCCGAACAAUCUAUUAUAUGAUGGAGACAAGUACAAAUAGAAGUGAUUCCCUGUUGAAAGCAAAGCGGAGGAAAGUAAAAAAUGGGGGAAAAGAAAGAAGAAGGCCGAAAUAUGAGAGUAAUCCUUUUUCCUCUGCCGCUUGAAGGCCACACAAACCCAAUGAUUCACCUCGCCCAUAUCCUCUAUUCAAAAGGCUUCUCCAUCACAAUCAUACACACAACCCAUCUCAAUAACUCUCUCCUCCACCCUUCAAACCACCCCAUCUUCACGUUCCGGUCAAUUAUUCCCGACGAGGCCGAAACCAGUGGCGGCGGAGGCGUUAUAGAGCUCAUAACUUCGUUGAACAGGCGGUGCGUCGAGGCGUUCCGGAAGUGCGUGGCGGAGCUGGUGGCUGACGGCGGCAAGAUCGGGUGCGUGAUCACGGAUGCUCAUUGGCACUUCACUCAGGACGUGGCUAACGAGUUUGGGAUUCGGAGAAUUGUUUUGAGAACUGCAAAUAUCUCUGCGUUUUUGGGAUUGCUUGCUCUCCCUGCUUUGCGUCCAAAUUAUCUCUUGCCUUCUUCAGAAACAAGUUUGGAAGAUCCAGUACCCGAUUUCCUACACCUCAGAUUCAAAGACCUGCCGGCGAUGAAGGACCAAAAUCCCCAUCUCAUUGACCAACUCUUAUCUUCCAUCUUCAUUCAAACCAAAGCUUCCUCAGCCAUCAUCUUCAACUCCUUUAACGACCUCGAACUCGACCCCCUUCUCAAAUGCCGCCAACUCUUCAACCGCAUCCCAAUUUUCCCACUCGGACCUUUUCACAAACAACUUCCACUCACUCCUCAACCCCACUCCUCCCUCUCUUGGCUCAACUCAAAAACCCCCAAGUCCGUCCUCUACGUCAGCUUCGGCACCCUCGCCGCCGUUGACCCCCACGAGUUCCUCGAGAUCGCGUGGGGCCUGGCCAACUCCACUCACCCCUUCUUGUGGGUGGUCCGCCCCGGCAUGGUCAGUGGGUUCGAAUGGCUCGAGCCGCUACCGGAUGGGUUCGAGGAGAUGGUGGGUGAACGAGGGUUGAUCGUGAAAUGGGCGCCGCAGAGGGAGGUGCUGGCGCAUCCGGCGAUUGGGGGAUUUUGGACUCACAGCGGCUGGAACUCGACGAUUGAGAGUUUAUGUGAAGGGGUUCCGAUGUUGUGUUAUCCUUGCUUUGGAGAUCAGAAGGCUAAUGCCAGAUAUGUCACCCACGUUUGGAGAAUUGGAGUGAUGUUGGGUGAUAAACUGGAGAGAGGGGAAAUUGAAAAGGGGAUUUUGAAGUUAAUGGCAGAGAAGGAAAAUGGUGAAAUUAUGAAGAGGAUUAAGGAUUUGAAGGAGAAGGCUGAGUCCUGUAUCGAAGAAGGAGGUUCUACAUUCAAAUCACUAGAGAAUUUAGUCAAUUUUAUCCUUUAAAAAAUAAGUCUUAAGCUGGAAAUACGGGGCUGUUUUGAAUAUCUUGAAUUUAUACAUCACUUUAAACGACCAAAUAUGGAAUAUUGUGUUAUACAAACUCUAGAAGCACUGCUCAAUCUAUAAUAUGAUAUUAUUCUUCUUUAAUAA